AUGACUUACGCCGAGAGGGUGAUUACCAUUAGGGUAGAUCCUCGUCCCCUCCAGGAGGGUGGUGCCCACAUUGCACUCGUCUAUAAGCCUGGCUACAUUUGGCGCCAAUUCAUCGAUAUCCCGGCUAAUGUCACCUCAAUGGUGGUGCGCGUGAAGAACUACGAGCCCAUGGAUUUAAAGUGCAUUUUGCAGGCCUUACAGGUCUUACAACACAAUACAUUCAAAAUUCAUACAAUGGAUGAGAGAUUUGCACUGAAAGCUCAAACUCAUGCCAAAUAUGCGUUCCGUUUACACGGCUCGCGAACACUGGAAGUGUGUUUCGGACAGACGUUUGAAUCGUUACACAAUUCUCGACUCAAAUUAAGCGUUAAAUUCUAUGGACUCCAGCCCUCACCCAAGGCAUACACAAUGCUUUCAAGCGAAAUGAUCGCCAGAAUUGAUAUUCAAAGUAAUUUCGAUGUCGAGAAAGUUAACCCUCAGAUUAUCCUAGACCAUUUUGUACAAUCACUAAUAGCUUUAUACGAGUAUCGCAAACUUGACCACUGGAUUAUGACCAGACCACCUUCCCAUAGAUUAUCAGACCCCGAUAUUNUAUUGGCGCGAAUGCGGGCACUGGACUCGGACUCCCGGCGCUCGCAGCACUUGUAUCGACAGAUAUGUUUGGCUAACAAAGUGCUAGAUUUGUGUAAAAUUCACGAUUUGAUGGCAUCUCAUGUGAUCCUAAGAGCAGAGGAGGAACCGGAUGAUGACAACCGACAGGCGCUCAAAGAUUGGGAAACAAAGAAGUCUACCGUUUUGGAGGUACUGGUGCUGAAAGGAGUGGCCAUCUGUGAUCUCAUCGAUGAGCAUAAAAACAACACUCCCGUGACUAGUGAUGAGGUCAUGCCUGUGCCCAGUGUUGAUGAUACCGGUGCUGCCGGUACUACGCCUACCAUUUCGGAUGCGGAUCACGUGUAUCGAGAUAUUUGCAAACUAGUGGACGAUCCGUACGGCUAUGAGGUCCACAAGUUUACGGAAAGGCAUGCCUUAUUGCACGGGUAUUACGGCCGGGCACUCAAACUCUACUCAAAACAAUUUGAUUCGCUUGUGUGCGAUAAACAACAAGUGUAUCGUAAGAUGAUCGAGGUAUUUAAGAGCUUAAAGUGGACUCACGCUGAAAAUCAAUUCAAUCGCAAUUAUUUCGCUAUGUUUCCCAACGAUUAUCGACUAUUUUGACCUAGUAUCAUUCAUUCACUUUGCUUAUAAUUGUAUCAACGUAAUUAUUUUUCUAGAAAUAAGUUAUUAUGAAUUCCAUAUACUCGUGC